AUGGGUCUCACCUCUAUUAUAAAUGCGAUUCAUUUUGUCAUUCUUGUUAGUCGACAAGGAAAAGUGAGGCUGACCAAAUGGUUUUCACCCUAUACCCAGAAGGAACGAUCUAAGGUAAUGCGGGAACUGAGUGGCAUAAUACUCAAUCGGGGCCCCAAGUUGUGCAACUUUGUGGAGUGGAGGGGUUUUAAAGUUGUGUAUAAAAGAUAUGCCAGCCUCUAUUUCUGCAUGUGUGUUGACCAGAACGAUAACGAACUGGAGACCCUUGAAAUAAUUCACCAUUAUGUUGAGAUACUGGAUCGCUAUUUCGGCAGCGUUUGUGAGCUAGACUUGAUUUUUAACUUUCAUAAGGCUUACUAUAUAUUGGAUGAGCUUCUGCUUGCUGGCGAGCUUCAAGAGUCAAGCAAGAGAACAGUCGGGCGGAUGAUAGCUACGCAUGAUCGAUUUGUGGAGGCUGCUAAAGAGGAGGCGAGUUCAAUAGGCACUUUCAUCGCACAAGUCCGCAUGUAGGAGAGGAGAUUGCUUCAUAUUAAAUGCACACAUAUUGCUAUGAGUUCUACAUUCAUUGAUUAGAAAUUCGGAACUGCAUGCCCCAACCUUCCUUUGGCAAUUGCCGUUUGACAGAUCCGAAUGUUGCUUUUAUAUUAUAGCUCCAACGCUGGAGACAUAGUAUUUAACCCUACACCAUGUCAGU